GUCCACACAGCUGCCAUCCAAGGAUAGCCUGCACUGAAAACACCAUGCCCAUCGCGACCGUCAAUCCUUCUCCGCUUCUUUCUCCAAGCCCUAAACAUCCCUAUUUCUGGUCGGUAACGCGCACGAAACUCUUCGAUGGGGCCCAAACUAUCACUUCCCUCCCUCGAGCUCCGCUAUUCAAAUGCAGAAGCGACUCGGGAGCGAGAGAAACAAAUGGUGAUAGCUUGAAGGAUGCACUGUCUGGUAUGGUCGACCAGCAGGUGGGGGAAAUUUUAAAUAGAGAAGAGAACAGGGAUUUGCUCGAGGGAUUGGAGAAGGCGUCGCGGAGGGUAGAGAUUGCCAAGAGAGAGCUUGCGGAGAUUGAAAAACGGGAACUUGAGGAAAAGUUGUUGAGGAAUUACAUCAACCAGCUUGAAAUCAAAGCUUCUGAGGUUGCAGAAUGUCAGCGUGAGAUCUCAGUAGCAAGAUCCAUGAUCGAUGAAGCCGAACGUUCUAUCUUGCAAGCCACCAAGGAAGUUGGAAAUGGAAGUGAUGGGCUUAACAGGGAUGAAGAGAGAUGGGAAUCUGUAAAAGCAGCUUCCAUAUCUGCAGUAGUUGGAACUAUUGCAGGGCUCCCCAUUUGCUUUACCCAGGUUACCAGCAGUUCUCAGCUGAUACUCCCCUUAGCAAUCACCUUUGCUAGCUGUGCAUUAUUCGGCGUUACAUUUCGAUAUACAGUAAGGAGAGACUUGGACAAUAUUCAGCUCAAGACAGGGACAGCCGCAGCUUUUAGCAUCGUUAAAGGUCUUGGUACACUGGGUAGAGGGCCUCCAUUGGAACUAAACACUGAGAGCUUCUUAUCACACUUUUAUGAUGGCGCACUGCGUAUAUCUGAGAAUCUUUUGAUUUUUGUUUUCGCUGCUGUCGCUAUCGAUUUCUGCUUCAAGAUGAUGCUCUUAAGUCCCUUUCCCAUGAGAUCUGCUUCAAAAGAGUAACACAAGGUGAAGAGUCUCAAGGUGUCAUAUGUAUCGGUUCCAAUUCAUUCCGGGGAUACAAGUAUGUGUACUGAGAUGCUACAUAUUGCUUAUUUCAUUAGUCUACCUUUACUAUAUGUUUAUGUUUUACUCUUA